UCUCCAGCUGCAGAGCAGCUCCAGUACAUCCUGGGGGAGGAAGAUGAGGCUCCUAACCCCACCCUAUUCACGGAGAUGGACACGCUGCAACAUGAUGGAGACCAGAUGGAGUGGAAGGAGUCAGCCAGGUGGAUAAAGUUUGAAGAGAAGGUCGAGGAAGGUGGUGAGCGCUGGAGCAAGCCCCACGUGUCCACGCUGUCCUUGCACAGCCUUUUCGAGCUCCGGAGCUGCCUGCAGACUGGGACAGUGCUGCUGGACUUGGAUGGUGGCUCCCUACAACAGAUCAUUGACGACGUCAUUGAGAAGCAGAUUGAGGCUGGCCUCUUGCGGCCUGAGCUCCGGGAGAGGGUCAGCUACGUGCUCCUACGAAAACACCGCCACCAGACCAAAAAGCCCAUCCACCGCUCCCUGGUGGACAUUGGCAAGUCCGUCUCCACCACCAAUCGCAGUCCCGCCCGCAGCCCAGCCCGCAGUCCUGCGGCAGGCCCGAACUUGCGCCGCUCCACUGAGGACCUGAGAAUGCGACAGCGAGCGGCCUAUGGACGCUUGGGUCACGCCCAGAGCAGGAGCAUGAAUGAUAUUUCCCACACACCAAACACAGACCAGCGGAAAAACAAGUUCAUGAAGAAGAUUCCCAAGGACUCGGAAGCAUCCAAUGUGCUGGUGGGCGAGGUAGACUUCCUGGACCAACCCUUCAUCGCUUUCGUGCGCCUUGUCCAGUCAGCCAUGCUGGGUGGGGUGACGGAGGUUCCCGUCCCCACCAGGUUCCUCUUCAUCCUGCUGGGCCCUUCCGGGAGAGCCAAAUCCUACAACGAGAUUGGCCGCGCCAUAGCAACCCUCAUGGUGGACGACCUCUUCAGUGAUGUGGCCUAUAAGGCCCGGAACCGGGAGGAUCUCAUCGCAGGAAUCGACGAGUUUCUUGAUGAGGUCAUCGUUCUUCCACCUGGAGAAUGGGACCCAAAUAUCAGAAUUGAGCCUCCUAAAAAGGUCCCCUCUGCAGACAAGAGGAAAUCUGUGUUCCCCGUGGCGGAGCUAGGCCAGAUGAACGGCUCUGUGGGCGGCGGCGGGGCCACUGCAGGCGGUGGUGCCGGAGGUGGCGGAGGAGGCAUCGGCGGUGGGGCUGGUGGCGGCGGCAGCAGCGGGGAUGACAGCGAGAUGCCAGCGGUGCACGAGAUCGGGGAGGAGCUCACCUGGACUGGGAGGUUCUUUGGUGGGCUGCGUCUGGAUGUCAAAAGGAAACUGCCUUGGUUCCCAAGUGACUUCUAUGAUGGCUUCCACAUUCAGUCCAUCUCUGCCAUCUUGUUUAUCUACCUCGGCUGCAUCACCAACGCCAUCACCUUUGGGGGGCUCCUGGGGGACGCCACAGACAACUAUCAGGGUGUGAUGGAGAGCUUCCUGGGCACUGCCAUGUCUGGGUCCCUGUUCUGCCUCUUCUCGGGACAGCCUCUCAUCAUCCUUAGCAGCACAGGGCCCAUCCUCAUCUUUGAGAAGCUUCUCUUCGACUUCAGCAAAGGCAAUGGCCUGGACUACAUGGAGUUCCGCCUGUGGAUCGGCCUCCACUCAGCCCUCCAGUGCCUGGUCCUGGUUGCCACGGAUGCGAGCUUCAUCAUCAAAUACAUCACCCGCUUCACUGAGGAGGGCUUUUCCACCCUCAUCAGCUUCAUUUUCAUCUAUGACGCCAUCAAAAAGAUGAUCGGAGCCUUCAAGUACUUCCCCAUCAACAGAGACUUCAAGCCUGACUCCAUCACCACCUACAAGUGUGAAUGUGUCGCCCCUGACAUAGCAAAUAUGACCGUGCUCAAUGCUUCCACCCUGCUCAGCACCAACACUUCUCUGUACAACCCCCUUAACCUCUCAGCGCUGGACUGGUCUCUGCUGAGCAAGAACGAGUGUCUGAAGUAUGGUGGGCGCCUACUGGGAGAUUCCUGUCAGUUUGUGCCAGACCUGGCCCUUCUGUCCUUCAUCCUUUUCUUUGGGACCUACUCCAUGACUCUGGCCCUGAAGAAGUUCAAAUUCAGCCGGUAUUUCCCAACUAAGGUCCGGGCACUGGUAGCUGAUUUCUCCAUUAUCUUUUCCAUCCUGCUGUUCUGUGGAAUUGAUGCCUGUUUCGGCCUGCAAACUCCCAAACUGCAUGUGCCCAGUGUUAUCAAGCCCACACGACCCUGACCCGAGGCUGGUUUGUAAACCCCCUUUGGGAAGAAUCCAUGGUGGGUGUACCUGGCGAGCAUCCUGCCUGCCCUGCUGGUGACCAUCUUGAUCUUCAUGGACCAGCAGAUUACAGCAGUCAUAGUUAACCGGAAAGAGAACAAGCUGAGGAAGGCUGCUGGCUACCAUCUGGACCUGUUCUGGGUGGGCAUCCUCAUGGCUCUGUGCUCCUUCAUGGGGCUCCCUUGGUACGUGGCUGCUACCGUCAUCUCCAUUGCCCACAUUGACAGCCUCAAGAUGGAGACGGAGACCAGUGCCCCUGGAGAGCAGCCCCAAUUCCUGGGGGUCAGGGAACAGAGGGUGACGGGCACCAUCGUCUUCAUCCUGACAGGAAUCUCCGUCUUCCUGGCUCCCAUCCUCAAGCACAUUCCCCUGCCAGUGCUGUAUGGAGUCUUCCUCUACUUGGGUGUGGCCUCACUGAAUGGCGUCCAGUUCUGGGACCGCUGCAAACUCUUCUUGAUGCCCGCCAAGCACCAGCCAGACUAUGCCUUUCUUCGCCAUGUGCCCCUACGCCGGGUCCACCUCUUCACACUGGUGCAGAUUCUCUGCCUUGUUGUGCUCUGGAUUCUCAAGUCCACGGUUGCUGCCAUCAUCUUCCCAGUCAUGAUCCUGGGCCUCAUCAUUGUCCGGAGGCUCCUGGACCUUGUCUUCUCCCAGCAUGACCUGGCUUGGAUAGACAACAUCCUCCCAGAGAAGGAGAAGAAGGAAGUGAGCAAGAAGAAGAAGCAAAGGAGGACACGGGACAGUGCCGAAGAGCCCCAGUUCCCUUCUCCCUCAGUUAUAAAGAUUCCCAUGGAAAAUGUCCCAUCAGACCCCCAAAACGGUAUCUACUGCAUUACCAGAAAAAGAUCUUCCAGUUGGAGUUACUCGCUCUGAUUCUUCCUUCAGCAACUCAGAACUCAAUAGAAGCAUCACUUUGCACUUCAAAUUUUCCUGUCCAGCUUCAAGAACUUUCGACUACUCGCAGAGCCCAGGGUGCCUGGUGCCGCAGGUGAAGAUAGAGAUGGAACCCGACUGGGACUUCUCCGAACCAGGCAGAGAUGGAAGGAAAGUUGGGGGAGAGACCGCCCUCUAGAGGACGAGGAAUGAGUGUGCAGUCUAGUCUCCAAAUCCUCCCUCUGAGCUAGCUUGCUUCCUUCUGGACCAACAGGGAGUCAUUUGGCUUGAUAGCAAAACUCUGGAGCGCUGGCCAGGAAAAGUACUAUUCCCCACCUAUUGUAGUACUCAAGUACACCCCUUGUAAGUACUCAAGCUAAUGAUUACACCCUAAUGGAAAUGUAGUUCAUUAUAAAAAAAAGAUCUUUCUUUUGAAGUUAAAAGGAAAAGAGAAAAUAGGUAAUGCAUACUUCUCCAACUGUAGCAAAGAGGGAAUAGUCAAUCGAAAAUAAAUACCAGAUUCCCCCACCCAGGUGAGAUUUUAAAGUGUCGAGGUGGUCUUGAAUGGAUAUGCAAACCUUCCUGCUUUAAUAGCUACAGGUAGAGAGCUUAAUUUCUCGUGACAUACAUGAAGGAAUGCUCUACAUCCCCCUUUUCUAUCCAUUUCCUUGUUGGCUAAAGGAUAGAUGAGAAGUUUGAAACAGCAACAUAAUGGGCCUUGCUCCAGCACACAAGUGAGCCUGGAGCUUUCCCAGAUUAAAGAGACAGUUCCCAAAAUCUAAUAAUAAGUGGAAAAUUAAAAUAAAUAAAUAAUAGCUCUUGUUAAAGAAAAAUGUCAAAUCACCUAAUAAACCAACUAAAUGUAUCUUUAAUUAAUAUUACUCUCUUUUUUAUGCCUAUAAUCAAAUUUCUAUUUAUUGCCUUUGGGGGAUUCUUCCUGCAGGAUUUUAGUGUCUAGUUCCCAGCAUCAAGCUCCAUUUGGACACACACAGCAUGUUAGGCAGAACUUAGCACCAUAUUCUGGAUGCUCAUGACUUGCCAGUGUUAGACUAGAACUUUAAAGGGAUAACUAGGAAGCAAGUUGGGUAAGUCAGACCCCUUUUCUUAUGAAAGUUGAGAAGAGUCUUAAUCUUCCAUUCACUAACCAAGCCAAUUUAACACCCACCCAGCAAACAGUAGCUGGGCUGAUUUAAUACUCACCCAACAUCCGAGAGUUUCCUUAACCAGAGCACCCAGGGUUUGAAUCUUGAGUCUAUCAAUUUGGUUUAAGUACUCCAAUUACUCAAGAUGACAAAAGCAGGUGCUUUUUAUUUAUUUCUUUAUCUUUUUUUUAAGGACAAAUAUGCCUCUAGUUCAUUAGCACCUUGAACAUUGGGCCAGUUCAUUGCCUGUGGCAUCCCCAGAGCCAGACAGUGUCUGGUUGUAGAAAAUUCUCAGUGUUGGUUAAAUGAACUCUCAGAGCCCCUUUCCAAGAGAUACUGCCAUGAGGUAAGGCUCUAAACCUCUCCCAGGUCCACAGAGUGCAGCAGAAUUACUUCACUGCUCACUUACCUAGAUCCAUUGCCUCUGUUGAAGCCUGAGGUCUUUAUCUUCCUCUGCAGCAAUGCUGAGAGAGCUAAUCAUCUACCCGUCACAUUUCAGUUAAAAAACCUGGCUGAUUUCCAGUAGCACUUUGUCCAAAUAAAAUUGUAGAAAUGUUGUGGAUUUAUGAGUAAAUGUGCCUGCUUAAUCAAACAAACUGGAAAAUGGCAAUGUUAAUUCAUUGUUGUAAACUGAUCACUGUAAUUUUCACCUUGUUACAUCAUUUAUAUUUGUAUAUACAUGGACAGUUUAAUUUUAGUAGCUCUUAACAGGUUGUCAUAUUAUCAUUUCCCCAUGCAUUAGGUCAGUACUUUUUCCACUUGUAAUGACAAUUCAAUAAAACCGAAUCCUGUCUA